AUGCCAGUCCGCUUUUACAGGCCCAUGAACCCCAGGAGACAAAGUCCCACGAUGCUCGUGAUUUCUGCACCCUUCCCGAUACGUGGCGCCCUCGCAAUCAAUCUCAGAUAUGAUGUGCCACGCAUUCAUAUAAUGCCUGCGAACUACAUCGUCCGGCUCGACAUCAUCCCACUCCGCGGCCGUGAACUUGACCCCGUUCCCGUAAACGAUCCGCCUACUUUCCAUGGGCACGUCGGGCUUCAGUCUUGCACCGUGUUGGAUGAGGUAGAGAUUGAUGUGGGGUGUCCCGUCAACGUCCCCUUGCAGAGGGAAAGAAGCGCCCGCCCGUGGGCCUGGUUCAUGUAUCAUGUCUCCGAUCGAGUAAGUGUACGAGCCGAAUUCUCAGGAUUCCUCAUAUUCAAAGGCGAUCGAGCCAUAAUUUCUCCACUUAAGCCGGUAUUUGAGCUCGUACUCUAG